UCUACCAGCGGCGAUUUUUACGGAACUUGGCUUAGUUAGAGCUUACGUGUAAUACAUGCGCAACUCAGCUCCCACUGCACACUCUCCCGGGCAACUUGCUCGUCUGUUGCUUGCUUGGUAUAAAAUGGUCUGCUGACUUCUGUUUACUAGAGAAAUCUACAGCAUUCGUCAUAAACAUCAGAAUAACAGUUGAGUAUGCCAGCUGAUAGAAGCUUGCCAUUUUGAUCUUUUGGUCAGAAGGGACACAGUGCUCUGUCCAGCCGCCGAUAUUUCUAUAAUAAGUAGCACGUACGUCUUCUUUCAUAGUGUGAAACAUGCCGAAUUCUCACACAACCACACCUCUUUCUAUUAGCAACAUUGCUGAAAGCAGCGAACAACGACCAAAAGAUUAUUACCGUGUUGUUGUCAUGGGUGCCACAAAAGUUGGCAAGACUGCAAUUAUUCGGCAAUUCCUCUAUGAAGUCUUUCCUGUUGACUACAGCGCCACAGUAGAAGAACUACACCGUGGUGAGUUCAGCGUUGGUGGUUGUUCUCUAACUCUGGAUCUCCUUGAUACAAGUGGAAGCUGUGAGUUUCCAGUCAUGAAAAGAUUGGCUAUUCAGACUGGUGACGCUGUACUUCUGGUGUACUCCAUCGACGAUAGCGAGUCCUUUGAAGAAGUACGUCGACUGCAUGAUUUUGUUUUGGAAAUCCGGCCAGCAGGGAUUCCAAUUGUUGUGGUUGGGAACAAAAAUGAUCUUCAGCAGAAACGUCAGGUCAGACGAGAAGUUGCCGAAACCGUCACGUGUAUAGACUGGGAAAAUGGUUUUGUGGAGUGUUCAGCCAAAGAUAAUUUAAACGUUGUUCAAGUCUUCAAGGAACUCCUUGUUCAAGCUAAGAUACCAUACGAUUUGAGCCCAGCUUUAAAGAAACGACGCCGUUCACUCCCAGUAUUCUCUUCUACGCCAAAGAUCAAGGAAAAGAUUCUUCUGAAACGACACAGUUGCGCUGUUUCUUGAAUUCACACUUAAACGGCAGUAGGUAGUACAUUCCCGUUCACUGUUUUGUAUUUUUCCUUGCAAAAAAUUCCAGUAUUUAAGUCAUUCCUGCAAGAAUCCAUUGUCUCGUUUAAAAUCCUCAAUGCAUAUUAGGUAGAAUACGCAUACACGUGAUUCCAAACAUUUUGAUUUAAUUAUAUUAAACUGGUACAACAUUGUUUUGUGACAACAGCAUCUGGAUGAAAAUUUUUAAUGUAAUCACAAUUACUUAAUUGCUCGUUCAUAUUUGAGACUAGGAUGCAUUUAUAAAUCACGAGUACAAUUUUAUCAUCGCUUGUUAUGCAGAGAGGGCGGUUUAUAUAUAACGGGCUUCUUAAGUUGUAAUUGAUUAACAACUGUUUUCUUCAUGAAUAAAUAUAUACCUGGGAAAUAUGUUCAAUGGUCUUUCAACAUAUGAUAAGUUGUUUCGUGAUUCUACAUGAAAAACGUGAUAUGGGAUUGUGAGGGUCUAUGUUUAUUGGAGUUUCUAGUUGUGGCCAGUUGACUGUCUAUUCUUCGUGAUGUACAUAUGCUAUCGUCUUCAGUACUUUGCCCAUUGACUACACCUAUUUACUAGUAUGUGUAAUAGGAAAACACUUAAAACCAAUUUUGAAACAAUGAAGUUUUUUAAUAUGAUAAUUAUAGUAACUUAUAUGAUAGACUUUACUGGAAGUAAUGCAAUAAAAGCCUAGGGAACGUAAAGAAAUUUGACUCUAUAGGAGCUUGUUUUUUUAGACUGCCUAAUACAACAUCUCUCUGGAUCUAAGCUUAGUUUUAAUUUGUUUGAUAUAAGCUUCCAGACUGCCUAACAUAAGCUCAUUUUUAGCUUCCUUGAUAUAAGCUCAUUUUUAGGUUGCUUGAUAUAAUGUUACUUUUUUGUUCCUACAUAUAAGAUUACUUUUAGAUCGCUUGAUAUAAGCUACAUUUAGAUUGUUUGGUAUAAGUUUACUUUUUGGUUUUGGUCCCUUCAUGAAAGCUUAUUUUUGGUUGCUUGAUAAAAGCUUACUUUUUGUUUACUAGAGAUAAGAUUACUUUUAAAUUACUUGAUAAAAACUUUUUAGAUUACUUGAUAUAAGCUUGCUUUUACAUUGUUUGAUAUAAGCUUACUUUUUAGAUACGUGAUAUAAUCUUACUUUUUAGUUGCUUGAUUAAAGCUUAUUUUAAGAUUGCUUGAAUAAACUUAUGUUUAGAUUGAUUUUUGGAUACUUGAUAUAAGCUUACUUUUUGGUUACUUGGUAAAGUAAUUAAUUCUCUUUUCGUGCUUUUAAGAUGUUUCAUCUAAAGACUCUCGGUAACUAAAGGCCUACUUUUAGUUCGAAUGAUUUAUAAUUGUAAUUUUUGAAAUGUUGGGAAAUAAAUUUGUUUUGUAACAUUUCAGAAUAAAGUCCCAACUUGUAGAAUAAAGUCCCAACCUUAAGUUACUUAAGUGUACACAGUUUUAGUCUGACUUGUAGAUGCAAUGUUUAAAAUUGCACAAUUGUUCUUCGAUACACCUGUCUUAAUAAUAAUUUAUAACUGAAACCUGAACAUAUCUGAAAAAUCGCGCAUCUCUUCUUUUAAAGGUAUUCUUAAUGUAUAUUUUUCUUUCCAUUUAAUGAUAUCUUUUGUUCUGCUAUUUGAACAUUUAAUGUAUGUUUUUUUUUGUUUCUUCUUUACAUUAUGAUAAAACAUUAGUAUUUUAGUUUCAAACACAAUUACAUUUAAUGUAAAUUCUAAAAGAAUUAAAUUGUAACACCACAGAAUAAACACUUGAAGAAAACAAACUGGUGGGAUAACCUUCCCUGCGAUAUUUUGUGUACAAGUAAAAAUCGUAAAAGUUUAUUUUGUUGACUGUACUGUACUUGUACUUUGUGUAUUAAAUAAAGCUGAAA